AUGCAGAAGGUGGGGAGGGAAUCCACCGCUUCUCAGGUUAAUGAAAAUCAGAUUUGCAGAGAGAAGCAUGAAUGUGCUUUGUGUGGAAAGAGAUUUCCUUUUCGCUCAACGCUUACUUCACAUCAAAGAGUGCACUCGGGUGAAAAACCAUAUAAAUGCUGGGAGUGUGGAAAAAGUUUUAGUCAGAGUGGCUCACUUACUUUGCAUCAAAGAACUCAUACAGGGGAGAAACCUCAUCAGUGCUUUGAGUGCGGAAAGAGCUUCAGUAACAGUGGCUCCCUUAAUAUGCAUCAUACAACCCACACAGGGGACAAACCAAAUUACAAAUGUUUGGACUGUGGGAAGAGCUUCAGGUCCCGUAACUCCAUCAUGAAGCAUCAAAGGAUUCAUGCAGGUGAAAAACCAUACAAAUGUUUGGACUGUGGGGAGAGCUUCAGGCACAGUGACUCCCUCACGAAGCAUCAAAGAAUUCAUACAGGGGACAAACCGUAUGAGUGUUUGGAGUGUGGAAAGAGCUUCAGUCGCAAAGACUCUCUUACUUUGCAUGAAAGAAGUCACACAGGAGAAAAACCUUAUAAAUGUUUGGAAUGUGACAAGAGCUUCAUUUGUAGUAGCCACCUCUCAAGACAUAAAAGAACUCAUACAGGGGAUAAACCUUAUAGAUGCUGGGAGUGUGGAAAGAGUUUUAGUCAGAGUGGUCACUUUACUUUGCAUCAAAGAACUCAUACAGGUGAGAAACCUCAUCAAUGCUUUCAGUGCGGAAAGAGCUUCAGUAACAGUAGCUCCCUUAAUAUGCAUCAUACAACCCACACAGGGCACAAACCAUAUUACAAAUGUUUGUACUGUGGGGAGAGCUUCAGGCACAGUGACUCCCUCACUUCCCAUCACAGAAUUCAUACAGGGGACAAACCUUAUGAGUGUUUGGAAUGUGGAAAGAGCUUCAGUCGCAAAGGCUCCCUCACAAAGCAUUACAGAACUCACACAGGAGAAAAACCUUAUAAAUGUUUGGAAUGUGACAAGAGCUUCGUUAGUAGUUGCCACCUCACAAGACAUAAAAGAACCCAUACAGGGGAUAAACCUUAUAGAUGCUGCGAGUGCGGAAAGAGCUUUAGUGACAGUAUCCGCCUCACAAGACAUAAAAAACCUUCCAAGUGUUUAGAAUGUGGAAAGAGCUUUUAUUGCAGCAGCCACCUUACUAAACAUCAAAGAAUUCAUACAGGGGACGAAUCUUACGAAUGUUUGCAGUGUGGGAAGAGCUUUUGUCACAGUAGUUCCCUUACUCGGCAUCAAAGAACUCAUAGGAAAACAUCUUAG